AUGGCCCUACCUGGCUUUGUUAUUGCUGUCAAUUUCUUCAUGUAUAUCCGCGCUGGAAAUAUGAUUUACCAAAAACGGAGAGAACUUGACGACUUUAGCACGACGGAUCGGCAUCUCACCUACGGAGGAGACAAUAUUGGCAUAAUUAAGACCACCGAGGUGUCGGUACCCUCCGAGGCCAUGACUCCGAAUGCGAUUCACCUGCAACCCAUGAGCCGCCAAGCAACAGACCCUAGCGAUCCGAACUCGAACGGGAACCAUUUGGUUCAUAUUUCAGCUCAUAGCAACUCUAGAGACAUUGCCGAUAAAGGGGUUCCAAUUGAGCGGCAACAGACUCGAGUUAGCGUGGCGGUUCCUUAG